ACAGCUGUCAGAACUGUCACCUGCUUUGACAGAAGAACGUCACAGUUACUGACACUAGCCCAUCAAUAAUUUGAUAUGAUUUAGUUGUUUGCAUUGAUUGUAAUUUAAUAAUUAUUUCAAUAACCAAGUGUUUAUUGUGAAUAACUGUAAAUUUCACCUAUGACACAGUGAAUAAGAAAAUUGCUGCAAGUUAAUCGCAGUAACAACACAACUUUCAGUAUGUCGUUUUUCGGUGUUAAUGUUAAUCCGUUUUCCACACCAGUAGGCCAAAGAAUAGAGCAAGCCACAGAUGGCAGUCUCUCCAGUGAAAAUUGGGCCCUGAAUAUGGAAAUCUGCGAUAUAAUUAACGAGACAGAAGAAGGUCCAAGAGAUGCAAUUAAAGCCAUAAAGCGCAGACUCAACCAGGCUGCUGGAAAAAAUUACACCAUCGUCAUGUAUACCCUCACUGUUUUAGAGACUUGUGUGAAAAACUGUGGAAAACGAUUUCACGCACUGUCAUGCUCACGAGAAUUUGUACAAGAGUUAGUGAAGUUAAUUGGACCAAAAAAUGAACCACCUACUGCCGUUCAAGAGAAAGUAUUGAAUCUUAUUCAAACUUGGGCAGACACUUUUCGUAGUCUGCCCCACACGCAAGGAGUGAUUCAAGUUUAUCAAGAGCUUAAAGCCAAAGGCAUACAAUUUCCAAUGACUGAUUUAGAUGCAAUGGCACCUAUAAUAACACCUGAAAGGAGUGUUCCGGAAUCAGAACAAAAUUUAACCACUAAUCCAACAGAGGACCAAGCCUCAAUAAUAGCGGGCCCACCACAAAUGCAAGCAGCCAAUCAGUUAAUUCAGCUGAGCGAUCAACAACUUGUCAAACUCCAAAGUGAAUUGGACGUUGUUCAAGGAAAUAUGCGUGUCCUUUCGGAAAUGCUCGCUUAUCUCACAAGUCCCGAACAAGCAGCAAAUCAACAGCCAGAUGCCGCUGAUCUUGAACUUCUAACAGAACUUUAUAACACUUGUAAAGCAAUGCAACAACGUGUUGUGGAUCUAAUUGGAAAAUUGGCGAAUGAUGAAAUGACGGCGGAAUUGUUACGCGUCAAUGAUGAAUUGAAUAAUCUUUUUCUACGCUAUUCUCGAUACACAAAGAAUAAAGUGGCACCGAGUGCUUUACUGGCGCAGGCGAUAGGUCGCCCACCAAAUGCCGAGUCUAAUAAACAGGAGGGCGAUUCUUUAAUUGAUUUAUCAGACGGAGUGGAACCACUCGAAAAGCGAGUCGACGCUAUUCAAAUUUGUCCGAAGAAGGAAGGCGACAGUGAUGAGUUCGAUAUGUUUGCCCAGUCGCGAAACACUAAUUACGAAACGUCUAAGAGCAGUGGCAGCAAGUAUGAAGACAAUUUGGAGCAGGUGAGCGGAGAUGGAUUAAGCACGGCGAUUUUGAAUCGCAAUAACCCUAAACAUUCACAACAGACUGCUUCUACUGUUCCUGAUGCUGCUACCACUACCACAUCUAGUUCCACUCACAAUCAAGAGUCUGAAUUCAGUGAGAUGGCAGCUUGGUUAGAUCAUACGCCUGGAGCUCAAGGGGACCAGUCACUAACAUCUUCCGAGUUUGACAGAUUUUUAGCAGAGCGAGCAGCAGCAGCCGAAGCUCUGCCAACAGUUCCGGCAACGACCACUGCAACCAGUACAACCACCGGAAGUGGUACUAACAUUCAAAGACAAAUCAAUAAGGACGAAGAUAAAUCUUUGUUCGCCCUGUAAAAUGUAACAAACUACACGUCGAAUUUAUUUCCAACGAAAAUGAAGCAUGUCAUUUCAAGACAUUCGUAAUACAAAAAGAAGAAAAAAAAGAAGAAAUUCAAGUAUAUCAUUCAAGAUUUUCAGAAUUUAGUAAACCACGACGUUCAGAAAUUAAAAACUGUUUGUCAUUCUAGACAAAAGAAGUAUUAAUUGUAAAUUCUGCUUUCAGUUAAUUAACAGUGCAGAUUAUUUAGCGAGAAUGCUAAAUCAAGUUGUGUAAAUUUUAAAAAGACGUAAAAGACAGAAAUCUGUCCCAUACAUAUACAUAUAAUAUAAAAAUUGCUUCUCGCUUUCAUGUACUUAUGUGCAAAUUAACGAGUCUUACGAUUACGUCGCAAUUCAUCGUCGUUAUUUAUUCUCUUAAAUUACGUCUUAUGAAAAAUUGAAGAUAUAAAGUUAUUCUUCAAAAAAAAAAAAAAAAAAAAAAAAAAAAAUUACAACCAAUCUAAGACACUAGUUUAUGUUAUUUGUAUAUAAAGAAAAAAAAGUUGCUAAUUAUACACGUUUGAUUGACGUUAAAGUCACAUUACGAAAAAAAAGAUAAAAUAUAUAAAUAUUUAUAUAUAUACAUAAAAUGAAAAAAAAAAUCAUGUUUUCCUUGCAUUCAAUUCAAAGUGAUAAGAUAAUAACUUAUAGACAUUUUAUAAUUUAUUUUAUGUCUAUUAUUAAAAAAAAAGACCCUGAUCUACGUUAAUAUGUGGAAUUCUAUAAUAUCGAAUACUAUUUAUAAGACGUAUGAUACAAGAUCUAUUAUUAUAUUUUACUUUGGAUAAAUUGUAUAGUAUUUAUAUUUUUAUCGUCUAUUGUGCACUCGAAUUAUGUUAUAUAUCAUGCAAUAUUCCUGUGGUAAUGGUCAGUAGAUAUUCAUUCGAUUGCUUUUUAAAGUCACUGGCUUGUAAAGUAGGCUCUUUUUAACUUUAUGAUCCAAGAGUAUUUAAUGUUCUACUUGAAUAAUUCUUUUAAUCUAUAGAAAAAAAUGUGUAUUACGUUACGCUGAACAGUAUUAAUAUAACAGUGAACGUACCAAAAAAAAGAGAAAAAAAACAUUUUCAAGUCAAAAAUAAUCUAUGAGAAUGUUGUUCAAAAAAUAAUGAAUCAAUUGACUAUUUUUAUUAGAUUUUAAAUCGAAUAUAAGUACGUUCGUCGAACGCUAAACGUGCAUUUAGUGUUUCAAGUCAGUGGCACACUAUACAAGUUACCUGUCACAAUUGUAGAAUUUCUUUGUUUUGAAUAAUCAAUUUUGUUUACAAA